UCAACAAACAACAACAAUAUUUUCGUCCUAGCUACACCGCCUUGGCAACCACACUGCCAAUAGCCUGAAUACUGUCGAAUAAAACCGAGGAGAAUAAGAAACGAACUUUUAAUAGCAUCCAAAAAUACAAUUUUCUACUUUUUUCUCGUCACAUUUGACUCCUCAGAGGGUUGUGGCUGUCCCGGGACACUGGUGCUUGGCUGUAGCCCGGUUGCGGCUAACCAUAACCGAGGCUAACCUUCCAGGAAAGCUUCCUCACUGGCGAAAGGGCGAUUUCAACGACGUUUUCCUGCUGCAGCCUCGGUAUUGGAGCAGCAGCCUCCCCGUUAGGAGGAGGUUUCUGUAGUCACUGGGGUGGUGGAGGUAUGACUGCGUUGGCGGGGUCAAUACCCAGGAUGAUGCGACCCACGCUGGCCCAGAACUACCCCCGCAGUGGCUUCCCGCUGGAAGUUUCUACCCCGUUGGGUCAAGGCCGAGUGAACCAGCUCGGAGGGGUUUUCAUAAACGGCAGACCUUUGCCCAAUCAUAUCCGACAUAAAAUCGUGGAGAUGGCCCACCACGGCAUUCGGCCGUGUGUCAUCUCCCGACAGCUCCGGGUCUCCCACGGCUGCGUGUCCAAAAUCCUGUGCCGGUACCAGGAGACGGGCUCCAUCAGACCCGGGGCCAUCGGUGGCAGCAAACCCAAGCAGGGAACAACGCCGGACGUAGAGAAGAGAAUAGAAGAAUACAAGCGGGAAAACCCCGGUAUGUUUAGCUGGGAGAUUCGGGAUAAAUUACUGAAGGAUGGGAUAUGUGACCGCAACAACGUUCCUUCAGUGAGCUCCAUCAGUCGCACCAUGCGGAGUAAGUUCGGGGGAAAAGGCGAUGAUGAGGACGAUGAAGAGGAAAUCGAGAAGAAGGAGUUGGAGGAAAACGACCGGAGGGCCAAACACAGCAUUGAAGGCAUCUUAGGAGACAGAUCAAGUCACUCAGACGAGGGUUCAGAGGUGGAGUCAGAGCCUGAUCUGCCACUUAAGAGGAAGCAGCGGCGUAGUCGGACCACCUUCACGGCAGAGCAGCUGGAGGAGCUGGAGAGGGCCUUCGAGAGGACUCAUUACCCUGACAUCUACACCAGGGAGGAGCUCGCUCAGAGGGCCAAACUCACCGAGGCCAGGGUUCAGGUUUGGUUCAGCAACAGGCGGGCAAGGUGGAGGAAGCAAGCAGGAGCCAAUCAACUAAUGGCAUUUAAUCACCUGAUCCCAGGGGGUUUCCCACCUUCCGCCAUGUCCAGCAUCCCCCCCUACCAGCUCUCUGACAGCAGCUACCCCCCUCCAUCUAUAGCACAAGUGUCAGAGCCCCCCAGCACGGUGCAUCGGCCCCAGCCUCUCCCGCCCUCCUCGGGCCACCAAGCCUCCGGUGGUGGAGGGCAGGGUGACGGAGGCUCUGCAUACUGCCUCGCCUCCGGACGCCACUCCUUCUCAGGCUACUCAGACAGCUUUGUGAGCCCUGGAGGACCCGGUAAUCCCAUAGGAAACGGACUCUCUCCACAGGUGAUGGGUCUGCUGAACCCGGGCGGUGUGCCACAUCAGCCCCAAAGCGACUACGCCAUCUCCCCUCUGACGGGCGGCCUCGAGCCCCCUGCUGGCAUGGCCGCCAGCUGCAGCCAGCGCAUGGAUCACAUCAAGGGCCUGGAGGGUCUCACCAGCGUUCCCUCCAUGUCGGCUCUGCCCUCCCUUCCCAGCUCCCAGUCCUACUGUACCCCCUCCUACAGCUCACCGGGCUACACCGUGGACCACGUGGCGUCCUACCAGUACGGCCAGUACGGACAAAGUAAGGCGCCCUUCCUUAUCUGAGGCCUGAAAUCACCUGAUCAUGAGCUUCGGACUUCACAGAGGGACAUUUGUGUGUACAGCGACGAAAAUCUUUUAAUAUCUGGGCCAAAAGUUUGCUCCAAUUUACCAGGACACAUUCUCUAUUGCGGGAUAUUAUAUUAUUCAUUCUUGGUGGAGAAAUGGACAAAAAAAAGAAGGGACCACAAAAAGGAAUAUCUGACCAAAAACUGUUGGCUGAACAUUGCUGCAUCAGUAUUGUAGAUGAACAGCAGAUAUGUCAGCACUUAACGUGGUUGGCUCAGUGGAGUUCUGACCAUCAACGGUGCCAUGAAGAGGCACUUUCCACAGGCAAAUCCAGUGACACACACACCAUUCGUGGACUCUGCCUGGGGAGUCUUUGUGAGGACAGCAAACCCAAAUCUAUCCUCAGAGACUACCAGCCUUUGAGCCGAUGCUUAAAGGAGCAUGUUUACAUAUCUUAGGGCCACAUGAGUACGUAUGAAAUUCCAUGUAUCUCCAAAUUAAUCCCCAAAUUGUAUCUGCUGAAAGGGGGAAAAGAAAAGGGCUUUGUUGAUCCUAUUGCAUUUAUUUGAGAACUCUGCAUCCCACACAUGGAGAGAAAUUCCAGAGACAGAGAAAACAAACGUGAGCAAACGAAUCUGUGGGUUUUAUUGUAUCAGAAACUCUAAUGUACACCACAGCUGUACUGCAGAGAAAGUUCAUUCUAACACCCCCCACCACCACCACCACCACCACCACCACCUCUCUCCCCUCUUUCUGUCUUACUCCUUCUCUCUCAUUGAUGUUUCGGACGGUGAGGCAGGGAUCCCGGCCUUUUGUAGUUUUAGAGAGGAACUCGGUUGAGGUCAGGGGGGUGACUUUAGGGAAAGUGACAGAUGAGAGAGGGGGGUGGGGGAUAGGCAAGAUCGAUCACAGGGUUAAAAAACCCUUUAAAGAUCCUCUCCCGGCGAGAAAAAGCCACCAGGUCACAAGUCACGACCGAGAGACAUUUGAGAAAACGAGAGGUCGAGAGUGUUAAGACUAAAGACAGCCAUUCUCUCAGCUGACCAGAAGUGCAAUAUCACGUAUCUUAGAGUCAACCUCAUCAUUAAAACAAAAAAAAUCAAACGUGCCUCUUAAAGUCUUAUGAAACACUUUGGAUUCAUUCUCUGGAUCUACUUUGGGACUUUGCAAAGGAACAACACAUGUGCCUUUGAAGGCUUUUGGGUCCAAAACAAAUGCGAAACAUUGUUAAUAUUGCUGUAAUAGGACUCUGAGGGGACCACAUUUGUAAGGACUUAAGUCAAUGUAGUAUCAUGAGGACAAGAAUGAAUCAAGGGAAUGCCAAUGUAAACAGAAAUGACCAGGAAUGACAAAGCCAAAACUGUGUUUUAUGUUAUUUUUUUGUGUGGCUUGGGAGCUUUUUUUGUUUCCACUUUGCAUACUGAUUACAGACAGACACAUUUAUUGUCACAAAUGUACUGUAUGGGAACAGCGUCAUAGUAACAUUUCCCACAACGUACAAGUGAGUGACAAUAUUUAUCCAAGCAAACACAGUGCCUUCACAAGCACUCUUGUUUUGCACAUCUAUGUUAGAAUGAACCAGUCCUUUCAUUCCUUUGAUAUAUUUUUUGUAUUAUUGGACAAAGCGAUAUGACAUAAGGUCAUGUGUACAAGCGCAUUAUUACUACUAUUUAUAAUAAAAUAAAAAUUCUG